UAAACAAUUGAGGGGGACGGAGGGAGUAACUAGUAAGUGAAAGUACAGUAACUUCUUUUGACGAGAUUGUAAGUUGUAACUCUGUCAGUGUCAGAAGCCCCGAAUCCCCAGCUCUCACUAGGUGAUCAUGAGAACCUCGUACCCUCCCUUUCUUCCGAAACCCAUCGUCCCACCGCCGGAAAAUGAAGUGGACCCCACACGAACCACCAUCCCCAACCACCGUAAAAAACCCACCAGCAAACGCCCCUGGCUAGUCCUCGACUCAACAGGCCAAACCCAAGUCAUGGAAGCUGGGAAGCACGCUUUAAUGCGCCUCACUUUCUUGCCUGCUCGUGAUCUUCGGAUUCUUGAUCCAUUACUCUCUUACCCUUCUACUAUUUUGGGCCGAGAGCGCGCAAUCGUCAUCAAUCUUGAACAUAUCAAGGCUAUUAUUACUGCCCAGGAAGUGUUUUUGCUCAAUUUCAAGGACCCUUCUGUAGGGACUUUUGUCGAACAUCUUCAGCGCCGUGUAGCGCGCCACUAUCAGGCUGUUAAAUCUCGGGAAGGUGGGGCCAAUUCUGAAAUUACAGACUGGACCAGUUUGUAUGAUCUAGACGAUUCACAAUCAAGGCCAGCUAGUCCUUCAAAACUGUCUAGAAGCUUCCCAAAGAUGGACGAGGACAGUGAGAAAGAUGAAAAACAAGCUCUCGAUAAUCGAGAUGGGUUGAAACUGCUUCCCUUUGAGUUUAUAGCUUUAGAGGCCUGCCUUGAAGCUGCCUGUAGUUGCUUGGAUAAUGAAGCAAAGACUUUGGAGCAAGAAGCUCAUCCAGCCUUGGACAAGCUGACUUCACAUAUCAGUACACUUAAUUUGGAUCGUGUCCGUCAAAUCAAAAGUCGUUUGGUAGCAAUAACUGGACGAGUUCAGAAGGUAAGGGAUGAAUUGGAGCAGUUGCUGGAUGAUGAUGAAGAUAUGGCUGAGAUGUAUCUGACAGAAAAAAUGUUGCAACGUCUUGAAAACUCAACAAUUUCCUCUAUGAAUGACGAAGCUGGUGUCGAAGAUGGGUCAGACAUUGAUGGCACGAUCCCUGAUGAUGUCUAUGUUGAAGGUGAUUCUCAACAUAUUGACAACCAACAGAAUCAUCUGUUUGGUGCGUCUAAUGUACCUGGAAGAGACAGCCAUGGGACCCGUACCAGUACCGCUCACAGUGCUAUCAGUAAACAACUUGAUGUAGAAGAGCUGGAAAUGCUUUUGGAAGCAUAUUUUGUGCAGAUUGAUGGUACACUGAAUAAACUAUCCACACUGAGAGAGUAUGUGGAUGACACAGAAGACUACAUCAACAUCAUGUUGGAUGACAAACAGAAUCAUCUGUUGCAAAUGGGGGUCAUGUUAACUACAGCAACUUUGGUGGUGAAUGCCUUUGUGGUGGUUGCUGGUGUUUUCGGAAUGAAUAUCACCAUUGAUCUAUUUGAUCCCACUGGCAAAAGGCAUGGUCAGAAAGAGUUUCUCUUUACUAUUUUUGGCGGUACUGCUGGUAGCAUUUUCUUAUAUGUCACUGCAAUCAGCUGGUACAAGCGCAAACGCUUACUGGAUUGACUUUAAUAUUGCAUCUGAUGAAGAUUCUAAACUGCGCGCUCGGUUUGUUGAGGCUCUGUACAUAACAAAAAUCUGCAAAUUCACACUAAGCAAUUCUGUGCUGGAGUAACCAUCUCAAUGGUAUCAGUUUUGCGGAGUAUGUUCAAUCUCUGAAGACAUUGUACUGAGUAGACGGCUGGGCCUCCAGGUUUCUUUAUGUUGUCUAUAUAAUCUAUAAAAAGCUAAAUUACAAGCAUGAAAUGCAUUACCUCUUUAAAAAGUCCUCAGAAUGAAUAAAACUGCGACUUACAAGACAUGUUUAUCUUUGUUUCUCUGUUAUAUAUGACAUCCCCUUGUACAUAAAUAUAGGUUUUCUGGAUCCCUGGAACCUUUUACUA